GGCUCUCCUCCUCUCUCGCGCUCCGGGGGGAGAGAGAGGAUCAUAAAGCGACUGACGGCGCUGACGGCGCGUGCGGCCUCCCGUGUGCGCGCGCGCUCCCCUCCACCGACAGCGAGCCAGAUGCGCGCGGGUGCCCGACUCUCCAGGCACAGCUUUCUCAGAAUCCGUCUCUUUAUCACGAAUCCUCGCGUCUGAUCAGCCGAGAUACGACACAGCCACCGAGGCGCGCGCGCGGUUUGUUUUGUUGUGGGAAGCUGAAUGACGGGCGGCCGGUUCGACUUCGACGAUGGCGGAACGUACUGCGGAGGCUGGGCGGACGGCAAAGCCCACGGGCACGGCGUCUGCACCGGCCCCAAGGGCCAGGGCGAGUACUCGGGCUCGUGGCGCAACGGCUUCGAGGCGGUCGGCGUUUACACGUGGCCCAGCGGCAACACGUACCAGGGCCACUGGGCGCAGGGCAAGCGGCACGGACUCGGUGUGGAGGCCAAGGGCCGGUGGCUUUACCGGGGAGAGUGGAGCCACGGGCUGAAGGGGCGCUACGGCGUGCGCCAGAGCCUCAACACCUCCGCCAGGUACGAGGGCACGUGGAGUAACGGGCUGCAGGACGGCUACGGAGUCGAGACCUACGGGGACGGGGGUACUUAUCAGGGCCAGUGGAUGGGCGGGAUGCGUCACGGUUACGGCGUGAGACAGAGCGUCCCGUACGGCAUGGCUGCCGUGAUCCGCUCGCCGCUGCGCACCUCCCUCGCCUCCCUGCGCAGCGAGCAGAGUAACGGCUCCGUCCUGAACGAGCGCUCCUCCGAUAGUCCGGCGGGGACACGCGGAGGCUUCGUCCUCAAUGUCCACAGCGACGGCGAGCUCAGCUCAGGCAGGAAGAAGGGUCUGUUCCGGCGUGGCUCGCUCUUCGGCAGCCUGAGGCAGCUGAGGAAGUCGGACUCGCGUUCGUCCAUCUCGAGUAAGCGCAGCUCGGCGCGCAGCGACGCCGCCAUGAGCCGCAUCAGCUCUAGCGACGCCAACUCCACGCUCAGCUUCGGAGAGGACGAGGACAACGCUCCGACCGAGGAUAACGUGGACGCCACCACCACUGAGUCGUACACGGGAGAGUGGAAGAACGACAAGCGCAGCGGCUUCGGCAUCAGCGAGCGCUCCAACGGCAUGAAGUACGAGGGCGAGUGGGCCAACAACAAACGCCACGGCUACGGCUGCACCGUGUUCCCCGACGGAACCCGCGAGGAGGGCAAGUACAAGAACAACGUGCUCGUGAGGGGCAUCAAGAAGCAGCUCAUUCCGCUGAAGAACGCCAAGACCAAACAGAAAGUGGAACGUGCUGUUGAAGGGGCAAUCAGAGCCGCCGCCAUCGCCAGGACGAAAGUGGAGAUCGCCACCUCCAGAACGGCUCACGCCAGAGCUAAAGCGGAAGCUGCAGAUCAGUCAGCGCUAGCAGCAUGCCAGGAUUCGGACGUGGCUCGCGCCGUGGCCCGAGAGCUUUCGCCCACCUUCCGUCAGCCAGGCCCUGAUUACAUCAAGCAAAAGUUCUCUAGCGAACCGAUAGAGAUUAAAGAAGUCAUCGAAGAGAAAAAAGAGAAAACCCCCUCAGGAAGCCCUCAUUUCUAUCGCAAGGGCACUACGCCCACCCAAACGCCCACCCACAGCCCGGGUCCGACUCCUCCGCCCUCACCCCCGCUCAGCAAGAAGAAGUCCUUCUUCAACCGAAGCGCAUCAAAAUCUACCAAAGAGAGCGUAGUCGAGAGCCUAGCGGCCAGCGUCGUCCCCAAGACCACCCCCAGGGUGCCGGCCAAACAGGAAGUGAAGCAGGAAGCAGUUUAUACUUCCCUUGCGCCCUAUAAACCCAUGGCGCUGGUCGCCAACUCCUCAAGUCCCGGAAACGGCGAGGUCCAUUCGCAGUACCACAGCUACUACGUGAAGGCGGAAGUGUCCAUCCCACCCGAGGAACCGGAGGAGGAGGAAAAGCCAGAAAGUCCGAGUGCCCUGGCGAGGGCACCGCCUCCUGUCAAGCAAUAUCGCGCCCCUACGCCCUCCAUGGCCCCCGCGACCAGAGACGUCAAGCCAGAGCCCAAGCUGAGAAAACAGGAUUCUCUGAAGCCAAAGAGUCUAUCAGAAACCAAGAAAGCAAGCAUGGAGAUAACCACGGACAUGGCAGAGGAAGAAUCAGGUCCUAACUCAAUACUGGUGGCAUUAGUGAUGCUGAUAAAUAUCGGGCUAGCGAUUAUUUUUGUCCACUUCUUGACAUGAUGCAUCAUCAAACUCAGCGAGUUCUUCAGGACGUGUGGCGUAGGCCCCGUAAUUCUCUGUGGUUGUAUGGACGGCCUUUAGAACACGCCGCUCAGACUCAGACACAGGCAAAGGACGACUGGACGACUGGAAUUGAGAGCGAAAAAACAGUGGAGGGAAAAAAAACGCCGAGUCCCGUAGCCGAGCCCAACCAGGUCCCCCCGCCACCCCCGCCCCCCAACCCCCAGCCCCGCCCCAUCCUGACCGUGAUUUACGACUCGCUUGGGCUCUGUGAAAGCUGAAGCAAGCACAGUCGUUGGUAAAAGGGGGUGCAGGGGGAUAAAAAUAAAAAAAUGUGCUGAGCCAAGCCGUACCCAGUGUGAAGUGCAUGGACGGCCUGUUGGUGUGUGUGUGUGAGCGUGUGUGUGAGUGUGUGUGUAUGUGUGUGUUUGUGAGGAGGGGGAUAACUGGAUACGUUUGGCGAUGCACUUUUAGUUGACAGAAGCGAACAGCUGCCUUACAAUUUUACCCUCUGACGUUGUCGAGGGGGGGGGAUGCGUGCGUGUGUGUGUGUGUGUGUGUGUGUGUGUGCGUGCAGUGGGAGGUGAGAGUGUGUGUGUGUGUGUGUGUGUGUCUUCAUUCUGAUCUAAACACCGUGCCCAUUUUAAAAAAAGAGGCACUCGCCAGUCUUAUUGCAUUACCCGUCUCUGAAGCCUUGUCUAACACCACCUGCUCGUGUUUUUAGGAGAUUAGUGAAUGCCAUGCCAGGGUGUGGUACAAAUUUAACAACUAUGUCUUGAGCUUGUUUCUUUGUGUGUGUGUGUAUUUCUUUUUUUUUUUUUUUACUUUAAAUCUAAAAAUACAGUAUAUAUUUAAAAAAUUGUGUACAUUUUUGUCCCCUUGCGCUGUGACCGAAUCAGUUAACGGCUAGCACGAAUGUCGAUCGAAUAACGAGCAAUACUGUAGUUCUGGCGCGAUUAGCCGACGAUUCGAAGUGAAUUUUUUUUAUUGGUUCACGUGAAAAUGAUCACGUCAAAGUAAGCAGCUGUGGUGUUGAAGCUCUGUUUGUAAAAUUAGAAAGGUAUCGUUCUGAUACGCGGGUGUUGUAAAAUAGCUAUAGGAUAUUAUGCAUGGUGUUUGUUGGUUUUAUUUAUUUAGUUAUUAUUUAUUUUUUUCAGUUAAUAACUGGUUAUUGCACUGGAUUUUUGCACAUGUAGUGGUCCGAGCCUGUGCAGGUGAAGACCGUUCUUCCCCUCAUCACCCCCUGACGUAAGCCCUGAACCGUGGUGUAGAAUGAAUUCAGGAUGAGCAAGCGAAUGUAGUCAGAUGCCUUAAAGGACUUUUUAAAAAAAAAAAAAACAGUGUUAGAGUUUACCUCGGGAAAAAAGUAGUGAUUUUGGAAUUUUGUCUUAAUUAAUUGGAGGUUUUAUUGAAAUCUAUUAUUAAUCUGUAGUAUAUUUAUUUAUGUGGUGGUGCAUGAAGCUGUGGUUUUAUUUUACGGUAAAUUGUACAUGGCACUUUUGUGCCUGUAUUUGAAUAAAAAAAUAUAUAAAUAUAUAUAUUUUAUAUACAUAAUAUGAAUAUAUUUAGUCAGUUGUUCUAAAUUAUAUUGUUAUAUCCACACGUUUUUUUUUUUUUUUGCCGACUUUCUCGUGUGCAUGGUAUAAUUUGAAGGUAGUUUUUUUUAGACACAUUAUAUAAAAGUAGGCAUGCGCCGAUAAUCAGUGAUACGAUAUACCGUGAUAUUCAUCACUCGCAAUAUUAUUAGCGUGCUACAACUUGGAGAUUUUUUUUUUUUUGCAAAAUCCCGUAAUUUUUAACCCGUAAUUCUCUUUUUCUUCUCAAUUAUCAUGAUGAUAAAAUUGUAAUAUCGUCACAUGCCUAUUUAGAAAUGUGGUUUUGUGUUAUAGUGUAUGUGUAGGUGUGUGUGUGUAUGUGUGUGUGCGUGCGUGUGUGUGUGUCUGACUGUGUGUGUGUGUGUGUGAUUGUGUGUGUUCGGAGGGACGUCCCUCCAUAUUUUCGGAGCAUUAACAGAGUUUUAGUUCAGACUGAAAAAGCAUGUGAGCAGGAAAGAAGGAACGCAGGAAGGAAAAAGAGGAGCAUCGGAAUGAAAAUAGAGAGCUUUUUUUUCUUUUAACUUUUGAUAUUUUAAAAAAAAUUAAUUUAUAUGCAGUGGCUGUGUACAUGGCUGUGUUAAUAUUUUUAUUUAAUCCCAUACAGAAGCAAAAAAAACAAACAAAAACAAAACAGAAUUAGAUCUAAAAAAUCUAAAAAAGAUCCCCAAAUCACUUCAGUAUAUACGUCAUAUUUUUACGCAUAUUUAUACAAAGUUCAGCGAAAUUUGUCCGUAUUUUUCUAAAACAAUGAAGCGUCUAUGUUUUAAUGAAAAGUUCUAUGACUGUAUUUGCAUUUAAUAGUAACAAGUCUUCAGAUAUAUAUUUUAAAGUUUUCAUUUUGAAGAAACAUCGAUGAACAUUUUGGUAUUGACUGUCCCCUAAUUUUUUUUUUUUUUUGGAAAUUGUUUAAGUUAAAGUAUGUUACAAUAAAAAAUUGUAAAUUUUUACGUA